UGUAAACUGUGUAAAAAAACAUCACUGAAGAUAUUUAGGAAACCUAUCCAAUUAAUCGGUUUUAAUUAUUUUUUAUUUAUUUACCAAUAGUAAUUAAUACAAUAAUAUUAUUUAUUUAUUCCUAUUAAAUAUUAUACUCAUUAUUCGGUAAUUUAAUGUAACUGUUGAGUCGUGUCCAAUAUAAAAACGAUUGGUUAGAGAAAUCGAACCGAUCUUUUAAUAUAGGACAAAAAGUCAUACACACGAAAAACAGACACUCUUGAAAAAUCGAAGUUAAAGAAAACGCAGAGUGGAGGAAUGAAUAGAAGGUGAAACGAAUGAGUGGGUAAAGUUCAAAGAUCAAUAAAAAAAGCAAGCGGAGGUGUAACGAGAACGAUAUGUCGAUAGCUCGGGUAGUAGGGCAAAACACGCAGGUUUCGUGAUCAGAUGAAAAUAUUGAUCCUGGAUAAGAGAGAAGCAGCGCGACGCUUUGCAUGUGGCAAGACACGUUUUACGUUCCGUUGUAACGCCGUCUUUACGAGAUCAAGUCGAUGCUUUUCUGCUUGUUCUUGGAAGAGCAGCUGAGGCGUCGCGACGCUACCUAUAUAUCAUGAACAAGUGACGGAGUACGUAUGGACUGUGCUAUGUUUAUAACUCAUCGACAGUGAUCAUUUGCGCUCUCUCUUUCUCUCUCCCUCUCUCUAUCUCUCUAUCUCUAUCUCUCUCUCUCUCUCUCUCUCUCUCUCUCGCUCUCUCUGUGUUUACCGAAAAAAAUAAUUCUUUGUAUAUGUAUGUAUAGCAUCGGUGUUUUUACAUAUGAUAUAUACAUGAUGUCUCUAAGUAAACGUGAUUUUUCUACACAAAAAUAUUUUGUGUAUUAUUGAAUUCGUUCUUUGUAACCAUUAUUGACCUUUGAUUUGGACAUACAUAAUCCGUCGCUUGCAAUCGAACGUUCCUCAACGAGGAACGUAUUUCAAUUUCAUAAGAUCCAGGUGAACCUCUGUAUAGACGCUUUUUCUGAACUGCUUUAUCAAAAAGACCAGAAGUUAACAAGAUUUUCAAUUGAAAGAAGAAUUCGUCAUCGAUAUAAAAACCGAUCUUACGACGAUUCUAUGACUUUUUUUUUCGAAGGAAUAAUCUUCGGGAAAGAACGUUCACGAAGAAAAUAAUAAUUAAGGGUGAAAGAAAAAAAAAAAAGAUUGAAAUGCGUCUCCUCCGUAUAAUAGAUCAGAAGAACGUUUUUUUGUGCCACAUUCGUGCACAUUUCAAACAAGUUACUUGUGAUCGAUUUGUUAAACAAAAAUGAGAAAUAAAAUAAGGAUAAAGGAAGAGAAGAAAAUAAAGAAAAGGUAAGACAUCUAAUAAAAAGCGAAAGAAGUCCAUGCGCCGAAACGGGGGAGAUUCGUUAACCGACGAAGAUGCCGCUUCCGAGUAUUCUCAGGAAAGCGAGCAAUUACAUCCUCGGCGACGGCAGCCAGGAUGAACGUCGUACUAUUUAUCAGGAUGGUGAGGCAUUGUUUUGUAAGAACAAUGUCUGCGUACAUCCCCCAACUUUAACGCGUCAGAAUUCUGACGUCGUGCAUCAUCCUGGAUACAUGACCAUAACCUGUAAGUUUAAUAAAAAUUCUGACGUGCCAACAUUGCAUCUUAGUUGGAUACCUAAUAGCACCUUACGUAAACAUCCAACUACUUUGGAGAGUUUAAAUGUAAGAAAAUUGGAGAGUAUUGUGAUGUCUCGUGAUACUGAAACCAGCGAGCCAUGUCAUACAAAGAUUUCAGAGCUUGGAGAGAAACGCUAUGAGAAUAGUUGCGAGAAGGAAUCUCUGGAGGAGAGAGUCGAUGUUUGUCUGGAAGCAAAAGAACCUAUUAGGUGUGGCGAUUGCGAACGUGUUUGUUCUGGAGGAUUUUCUACCGGAGUACGUAUUUGCGAGGAUGAAGACACUUCCAAGGAUAUUGGAAUCAUUAGAAAGGAGAGAGAUCAAAGGAUUAAUCGUUUUUAUUCAGAAUCAAUGGAAGAAGCAGAAAAAUGUAAGAACACUGUUGACAAUGAUUAUAAAAGUGUAGAAGAUGAUCGGAUACAUUUAUGUUAUGACAAUGUGAGUAUUAAGAGUCGUAGUAUGUCGCUGACUUCUACUUGUAGUCUCUCUAUAUCUACACACACAGAUGCUGAAGAAAUACCAUCAUGGAUGAGAUCGCCUGAACUUCUGGCACUUCAACAUAAUCUUACUUUUCCUGAAAGUGCAACUGCCUCUCCUGUUACAUUGAGAAGAGCUCAUCGAUGUAGAAGAUUUUCCGUGGAUCUUAGUGAAAUGCGAUCCUUGAGGUUAUUCUUUGCAGAUCCAGCUUGUACAUGUGGACAAUUGGUAGUUGCUAGCAGAGAAAGUCAAUACAAGAUUUUACACUUUCAUCAUGGUGGAUUGGAUCGCCUUGCUGCUACUUUACACCAAUGGCAUCAAUUACUUUAUCCUAGAUUAGACGCUGAUACAGAGGAAACUUUACCUUAUAGGCAUUUUAUGGUUUGUCGACCUGAAGUGGGCCGCGAUGAAUUGCAUCCUGAAGAAGGACAAGUUCCAAUGAUUACAUCUUUAGCAUGGAAAGACUUAUUAAAUGAAAAGGGACAAGUAGAAGAUGAUUUGGCUCUCCGUAAAGGAAUCUUUUUUGGAGGGUUGGAACCAGCUUUGAGAAAAAUUGUUUGGCCCUUCCUCUUACAUUGUUAUUCUUAUCAAAGCACUUACGAAGAUCGAGAACAAAUUGAUGCUCUUAGAAGACAAGAAUAUGAGGAAAUUCAAAAACGUAGACUACACAUGAAUCCAGAGCAGGGAGAACGUUUUUGGCGAAAUGUAGUUUGUAUAGUGGAAAAGGAUGUUGUACGAACAGAUAGAGGAAAUCCAUAUUAUGCUGGAGAGGAUAAUCCAAAUAUCGAAGUUAUGAAAAAUAUUUUAUUAAAUUACGCGGUUUAUAAUCCCCGAUUGGGAUACACUCAAGGUAUGUCUGAUUUAUUGGCUCCAUUAUUGGCAGAACUUAAUUCAGAAAUCGAUGCCUUCUGGUGUUUCGCUGGAUUGAUGCAAAGAUCGGUAGCAGUGUGUACACCUACUGAUAUAGAUAUGGAUAGAAAUUUGUGCUAUCUCAGAGAAUUAAUUAGAAUUAUGGUGCCAGAUUUCUAUAUUCACCUACAGAAACAUACAGAUGCCUUAGAAUUAUUAUUUUGUCAUCGAUGGAUCCUCUUGUGUUUAAAACGUGAAUUUCCAACCGAAGUUGCUCUCAUCAUGUGGGAAGCUUGCUGGGUCAACUAUUUAACGGAUCAUUUUCACUUGUUCCUUUGUUUAGCCAUAAUGUGUGUUUACGCUGACGACGUAAUAGCGCAAGAUCUUAGAACCGACGAAAUGCUAUUGCAUUUUAGUUCACUUGCCAUGUAUAUGGAUGGAAAUUUGAUAUUAAGAAAGGCACGCGGUCUUCUUCAUAAUUUUCGUCAGCUCGUUCGUUUACCUUGUACACUUGCUGGACUUUGUCGCCAAUGUGGUCCAGGGAUGUGGGAUAGCAGUCAUGAUCCGGUAAUUGAAUGCAUAGGUCAUGAAGAUGCGUCAUGCCCUUAUUUGGAUAAUUACGAUUAACGACCUAAUUUAUUAUACUAAUGAUUACAUAUAAUUAUAACGUUAUAUGCUUAUUAUAACGUUACAUGCUAAUUUACAUCCGUUACAUCAUAACCGGAUUUAAUGAAAGUAAAAAAAGAAAAAAAAAUAAAUAAAACCGAACACGUUUUCGGUUUGUAAAUACAAAAUUAAGUCUGUCUCUAAAUGUUUUCGAUAUCAUUCACAUUAGUUCGUAUUCGAUUUCAAUAUAAGAUGAUGGUCCAGAUAAUAUGUAUUCAAUGAGUUAUAUCGAUUAUCAAUUUAGUCAAAUCUGAAAAAUACACAUAUCUAUAACAAAAAUACGAUUUUUGAUAAAAACAGCCAACGUUUCAAAUAAAAAUGAACAAGUUUGGUAGUGAUAUAGAAAAUGAUAUACAGCUUUUUAGACAGCGUUCAUAUUGUCAAUCUAUAUAUAGAGUGUUUCGUAAUUUGUGGGACACAUUUCAUCGAUAAUUAGGAAAUGCUAAACAAUGAAAAAUGUUCAUUUAUAUAUAUGAUUCAUUUCACUUUGUUUCCAUGUUGAAAAAUAAGAAUAGCAAUAGUAAAGAACAGUAGACGUACAACAGUUUGGAAGUUUUGCUACAGCAAUUAUUUUAUCCAUACAAAUGGGCCACAUGUUUAUAUGAACUUUUUUCAUUAUUUAUUGUCUUCUGUCCACUAAUGAAAUGAGUCCUACAUGUUACGAAAUAUUCUGUUUAUAUAAUAGAUAAUAAAUAUAUAUUGCCGCGAAUGAUAUAAUUAGACACCAUAAAUGAUAUUGUUCGUCGAUAUAAAAAAAUAUCUACGAUAUAUGUAAAUAUCGAACUUCGUGCGCAAUGAUAAAUAGUUAUCGCGAUUAGAGAAAAUUCACGAAAUAUUUAGAAAUUCUGCACACACAUACCUUUAGUACAAUCGAAGACUGAUGAUCGAAAAGGAUGAAGAAAAUACAAUCAUCCUAGUCUUAAAGUUCAGAAUUAAUUAGAACGAACUCUUAGAUGAUACAAAUUUCAUUUUACGACGAGAUUAAUACGUCGAUUAUCAAUUUUUAAAGGACACAAACAAGAAGCUUUCGAGUGUACAGAACAAAACCAAAGAGAGAAAUCAAAGGCAUCUUUGUAGAGCGACAAAAAAAUAUCUCUUAUAUAUAUAUAACGUAUCUAUUUUAAAAUUCUUUUAUCGCCUCAUAAUAUGAAUCUUUUAUAUAUAUUUAGAUAAUUUUUACUCACUUGCCAUCAUUUACAAGUAUUAUGUUAUUUAUAUAAGUUAUAUAUUUAAUGUGUUUUAUAUUAACUUUUUUGUUUUUUUUAAUUCAAUAUCUAUGUUCUCGUGUUAUAUACGAAAUUUGUUCAUGCCUCAUCGGCUGUGAAUUAUGUAUUCAUAUAUAUUCAUAAUAAUUUAUAUUAUCUCAAUAAAACAUAUAUAUAUAUUUUUUCUGUCCUGUGUGAUUGUAAAAUAUUGUACGUUUUUGUAAAAUGUUAAAUUGUGAUAAAUGUGCGCGAAUGUUCGACCGUUUGCAGAAAUCUUGCAUUUUGGUUAUUCUAUAUAUGUUUUCAAUGCGAUUAAAACCAAUUUAUAAGAUUUCUGAAUUGAACGGUUAACGUGCUUUAACUGUGCUACCUUGUGUUGUUGGAAUUUUAAAGAGAAUUCUAUCUGUGUUAAAAGUCUGUCACACUCGAGUCUAUUAUAAUAUAAACUAUAAAAUAAUAUAAAUAUAUAAGAUAGUAAUAUAUGUAUAUAUGCAUAUAAAUAAAUCUAAAUAAACUUGUACAA